ACCGCUGGUCUCAGGAGGACAUGCUGACUCUGCUGGAGUGCAUGAAGAAUAACCUGCCCUCCAACGAUGGGAGCAAGUUCAAAACCACCGAGUCCCACCUGGAUUGGGAGAAAGUGGCUUUCAAGGACUUCUCAGGGGAGAUGUGCAAGAUGAAGUGGAUGGAGAUUUCUAACGAGGUGAGGAAGUUUCGGACCCUCACGGAGCUCAUUAUGGACGCCGAAGAACACGUGAAGAAUCCUUACAAGGGCAAAAAGCUCAAGAAACACCCCGACUUCCCCAAGAAGCCCCUGACUCCGUAUUUCCGCUUCUUCAUGGAGAAGCGGGCCAAAUACGCCAAGCUUCACCCUGAAAUGAGCAACCUGGAUCUCACCAAGAUCCUGUCCAAGAAAUACAAGGAGCUUCCCGAGAAGAAAAAGAUGAAAUACAUCCAGGACUUCCAGCGGGAGAAGCAGGAGUUUGAGAGGAACCUGGCAAGGUUCAGGGAAGAUCACCCGGACCUCAUCCAGAACGCCAAGAAAUCCGACGUCCCCGAAAAACCCAAGACCCCCCAGCAGCUGUGGUACAACCACGAGAAGAAGAUCUACUUGAAAGUGCGUCCAGAUGCCACCACGAAGGAGGUGAAAGAGUCGCUGGGCAAGCAGUGGUCUCAACUCUCGGAUAAAAAGAGGCUGAAAUGGAUUCAUAAGGCCCUGGAACAGCGGAAGGAGUACGAGGAGAUCAUGCGCGACUACAUCCAGAAGCACCCCGAGCUGAACAUCAGCGAGGAGGGCAUCACCCGCUCCACCCUCACCAAGGCCGAGCGCCAGCUCAAGGACAAGUUCGACGGACGACCCACAAAGCCACCUCCGAAUAGCUACUCCCUGUACUGUGCAGAGCUGAUGGCCAACAUGAAAGACGUGCCCAGCACUGAGCGGAUGGUGCUGUGCAGCCAGCAGUGGAAACUGCUCUCCCAGAAGGAAAAGGACGCGUACCACAAAAAGUGCGAUCAGAAAAAGAAAGACUAUGAGAUCGAGCUCCUGCGCUUUCUGGAGAGCCUUCCCGAGGAGGAGCAGCAGCGGGUGCUAGGCGAGGAGAAGAUGCUGGGCAGCAACCGCAAAGGGGCGACGAGUCCUGCAUCCAAAAAGUCCUCACCAGAGACCGGCAAGGUGAGACCCAAGCGGCCCAUCUCUGCCAUGUUCAUCUUCUCCGAGGAGAAGCGGAAGCAGCUGCAGGAGGAGCGGCCGGAGCUGUCAGAGAGCGAGCUGACCCGGCUUCUGGCCCGCAUGUGGAACGACCUCUCCGAGAAGAAGAAG